AUGACAGACCCUACUCUGCCAGCAAAUCAGGACCUUGAUGAGGAGGCCUAUGACUCCGCCGAGGAUGAAGAUUUUGAGCUAGACGCGGCACCGGACGACUCCGACUUAUCUUCCGAUGCUGAUGAGGCCGGAGAACCCGCAAAGAAGAAGCGAAAGACAGACACCAAAGCUCAGAUCCCCAAAGAUGCAGAACUCGACUCUGGAGAUGAGGCUACAAUUAGAAAAGCGAAGGAGAAGAAAGAGAAAAAGACCAAGGGAAAGAAAACCAAGGGGAAACACGCGCGCGAUAGCGACGAGGACGAUGGCGAUAUUGACAUGGACGACGAUGAAGGAGGAACGGGGGGAUUCGUGCGAACACGCGCAAUGAAACAGCAGAUACAAGAAGAACAGCGCAAACCGUUGGCCAAAAUCGAUGGCGCGACCAUCGACGUGGACGCCCUAUGGGCGCAGAUGAAUGCCCCCCAAAGCCAGACCAGCCUGCAGCCACCCCUGACCCAGGAGGUAACCGAAUCCGCCCCCGAUCCCGAACCAACAGGCGAAACAAAAGCACAGGACAAGGGUGCCAAAGAUGCGGAAUCCCAAAUAGGCCCUGCCAUGCACGCCGACCAGAUGAUCAAGAUCAAGCGCACCUACAAAUUUGCCGGAGAAUGGAUCACCGAGGAGAAGGUCGUGCCCAAACACUCGGCGGAAGCUAAAGCGUUCCUGUCAAGUGGAGAGCAUGUCGAAUAUACCGAUGAGGAUGCGGCGGCCAUAAACGCCGCUCGUAACCUGCGCCGACCGCUUCGCAAGAUCUCGCGAUUCGACCCCAAUCCAACUGGCACGAUCAAGAAAAGCUGGGAGAAGCAACUCGUUGCGGAUGCGCGCGGACCAAAAAUCAACACCGUCGAGAAGUCAAGACUGGACUGGGCCACUUAUGUCGAUUCAGCCGGAAUCAAAGACGAGCUGCGCACGCAUAGCAAAGCCAAGGAGGGUUAUAUCGGUCGCAUGGAUUUCUUGGGUCGCAUGGAAGAGAAGAGGGAAGAGGAACGGCGGAAUGCACGGCUCAAGGGUGUAUGA